GCGCAUUCGCCCGUUCAAGAUGAAUAGUGAUCAAAUUGCACUGGUUGGUCAAGUGUUUGAGUCAUAUGUUUCAGAAUACCAUAAGAAUGAUAUUCUUUUAAUCCUGAAGGAAAAUGAUGAAGAUGCUCAUUACCCAGUUGUGAUUAAUGCCAUGACCCUUUUUGAGACCAACAUGGAAAUUGGGGAGUAUUUCAAUGCAUUCCCCAAUGAAGUACUAACUAUUUUUGAUAAUUCACUGAGAAGAUCAGCCAUGACAAUUCUCGAGUCCCUUUCUCAGCCUGAGGGUGUCUCCAUGAAGCAGAAUCUUCAUGCCAGGAUAUCAGGUUUGCCAGUUUGUCCUGAGCUGGUGAGGGAGCACAUCCCUAAAACGAAGGAUGUGGGACACUUUUUAUCUGUCACUGGGACAGUGAUUCGAACAAGUCUGGUGAAGAUCCUGGAGUUUGAACGGGAUUACAUGUGUAACAAAUGCAAGCAUGUAUUUGUGGUCAAGGCUGACUUUGAGCAGUAUUAUACCUUCUGCCGGCCCUCCUCAUGUCCCAGCUUGGAGAGCUGUGAUUCUUCAAAAUUCACUUGCCUCUCAGACUUGUCUUCAUCUCCAACCAAGUGUAGAGAUUAUCAGGAAAUCAAAAUUCAGGAACAGGUUCAAAGGCUAGCUAUUGGAAAUAUUCCACGAUCCAUGAAGGUUAUUCUAGAAGACGACUUAGUAGACACUUGCAAAUCUGGUGAUGACCUCACUAUCUAUGGGGUUGUCAUGCAACGGUGGAAGCCCUUUCAGCGAGAUGUGCGCUGUGAAGUGGAGAUAGUCCUGAAAGCCAAUUAUGUCCAAGUAAAUAAUGAGCAGUCUGCAGGGAUCAUCAUGGAUGAGGAGGUCCGAAAGGAAUUUGAAGAUUUUUGGGAACACUAUAAGAGUGAUCCCUUUGCAGGAAGGAAUGAAAUAUUGGCCAGUUUAUGCCCUCAAGUUUUUGGGAUGUAUCUAGUAAAGCUUGCUGUGGCCAUGGUACUGGCUGGUGGGAUUCAAAGGACGGAUGCUACAGGAACACGAGUCAGAGGUGAAUCUCAUCUUUUAUUGGUUGGGGAUCCUGGCACAGGGAAAUCUCAAUUCCUCAAAUAUGCAGCAAAGAUUACACCAAGAUCUGUGCUUACCACAGGAAUUGGAUCUACUAGUGCAGGUCUGACGGUAACUGCUGUAAAAGACUCAGGAGAAUGGAAUUUGGAGGCUGGGGCAUUAGUGCUUGCAGAUGCAGGCCUUUGCUGUAUCGAUGAGUUUAAUAGCCUCAAAGAGCAUGAUAGAACCAGUAUCCACGAAGCAAUGGAGCAACAAACCAUAAGUGUUGCUAAGGCUGGCCUCGUGUGCAAGCUGAACACAAGGACCACCAUCCUGGCAGCAACUAACCCAAAAGGCCAGUAUGACCCGCAUGAGUCUGUGUCUGUGAACAUCGCCCUUGGCAGCCCACUCUUAAGUCGAUUUGACUUGAUCCUGGUUUUGCUUGAUACCAAGAAUGAAGACUGGGAUCGGAUAAUUUCCUCUUUUAUCUUAGAAAACAAAGGUUACCCAAGCAAAUCAGAGAAGCUGUGGAGCAUGGAAAAGAUGAAAACCUACUUCAGCCUCAUUAGGAACCUUCAGCCCACGCUGUCUGACGUGGGCAAUCAGGUUCUCCUCCGGUACUACCAGAUGCAGCGGCAGAGUGACUCCCGGAACGCCGCCCGGACAACCAUCCGCCUGUUGGAGAGCUUGAUACGAUUAGCAGAAGCUCAUGCUCGUCUGAUGUUUCGUGACACUGUGACUCUGGAAGACGCUAUUACAGUGGUGUCAGUCAUGGAGUCCUCCAUGCAGGGAGGCGCACUGCUGGGAGGCGUGAACGCACUCCACACUUCCUUUCCUGAAAACCCUUUGGAGCAGUACCAGAGGCAGUGUGAACUUAUUCUGGAAAAGCUGGAGUUGCACAACCUCCUGAGUGAAGAGCUAAGAAGACUUGAAAGGUUACAGAAUCAGAGUGUGUACCAAUCCCAGCCAAGGACAGAGGCAGAGACUACUCCAGGGUCCUCGGGACGUGACCCAAGAGGAGAAUCCAAAUUCAGAACGUCAACACAGCAGGAAGUGAACUGUGGUAUCCCUUCCUCUUCUACCGGAGGCAGUCCCAGGGGAAGCCCACCUCUCGACCCUCCACCCCACCUGGGGCCUAAUAGGUCAGCAUGUAGAAAAGAUUCAGCUCAGCACGACAGCAGAGAUGCUGGUUUGGAUUGGUUUGACUCCCUGACAACUCAUCAGAUUGAACCGAAAAACACCGUUUCUGUGUCUCCUGGUCCCAAAACAACUGAGCGGAAAAUGGUUUUGAAAAAAUCCAACAACACAUCUCAGGGUAAGGAAGAGAGGGAGUCAGACCAAAGGAGCAAAUUGGAAACUGGACUGCUUCCAGCACCAGGAGAGACAGGAGCUCCAUUGAGGCCAGAGAGUGUUAAGGGGAAAAAGGGAAAAAAGGCAGCAGCAGUUUCUGAAACAGCAGGAAUUGCUGAUGAACCAGACUCGGUGCUGACUCAUCAUGUCCCCAGGAAACUGCACAGGCUGCGCAAGGAGAGGGCCCAGGAAUUGUACGGCAAUCCUGCCAGGCCGCCUUCACAGCCCAUAAGCCCUCCUCAUCCUCCAUCCAUCCCUGUACGUGGCCCAGAAAGAAAGAGACAGAAGUCCCUCCCUCAGGUGGAAGAGCCUGAACCUGAAAGUGUUGAGAGUUCGGGUGCCCCUGUGGCCAAACUAGCAAAAUUUACUUUCAAACAGAAGUCAAAACUGAUCCACUCCCCUGAGGACCAAAGCCUUGUGUCUCCUGGCAGAACUGACCUAGCAGUUCGGAGUCCAAAAAUUUCCCAGCAUGGAACAAGAGGAGAAGCAGCUCUGUCAGUGAAGGGUCCAGGAAAGUUGACCUCAGGAAAGGGAGGCUCAGAUCUGCUGCAGGGGAGGGCAAUGGGGGUGUCACAGCAGUCAUCAGGGAAAGACAGGUCAAGAGCGGAGAGGGCAUGUGGCCCUGGAAAGAGAGAUAUUCAGCCUGAAUUUGAGCCUGGGAACGAGACUGGGCAUUUGCAUCUCACUGGUGAAAGAGACAAAAAGGAAGGGCUUUCGUGCAGUAAUAAAAGCAGCAAGGUUCAUGCUUGCACAUUAGCCAAGUUGGCCAACUUCUCCUUUACUUCCUCCCCUGAAUCCAAAUCAGCAUCCCUGCCUCCUUCUGAAAGUAUGAACUCGGGUGAGAGAGGCCCAAGCCCGCCUCCCACGACCACAGCUACAAUGCUUGGCAGGAAAAGGAAAACUUUUCAGUUGGAGGAGCCCCCUGAGAAACUCAGUCUUUCCAAAAAGUCUCUCUUUACUUUACCAGAACUAGAAGACGAAGCAUUAGAUUUUGAUUGGGAUGAAGAAAUGAGAAAAAAGCCAUAAUCAUGGAAAGCUUGCUGGUCAAAUUUCAUCUUUCCCAACUCGACACAUUACCUUUGGGAUACCUACAUGUUAUUUAUAUAUGUCCAGACUAUUGGCCAUAUUGAGUGCCAUUCUAAAUACCAGCUCCCCAAUCACAUUUUGUAAUUUCAGGUUUAUCUUCAUGAUUCAUCAAGUUGUUUAAUCAUUAUAGAUUUAUGUGAUACCAGCCCUUGGAUUGAAUUGACGUUGUGCGUAAUUUUGCAGAAUGGAAUACUUGCGUUCCCAAAGAUGUUUGUUUGUUUUGUUUUUAAGGGGUGGGUCUUCCCAGGAUUCCUUCUUUCAUUCACUCUGGAACAAAUGUCAGGAUAGUAGCACUCAUAGAGCUAACAAGAUAGGUGAACUCCUCUAUUUUUUCCUUUUUUUUUAAAAACCCAUGAUGUGCCAAGUAUGGUGAGUAUUUAUUAUGAUUUGACAAAAUUGUAUGAUUUUUCUAAUAUUGUUUUUGUGUUAUGUGUAAGAGUAAAGGUGACUAAUGCUUUUCUUUCUUUGAGAGGCACCUCACAAUUCCAUGGUAUUCCUAAAGAUUUGGCAACUGAUCAAAUAGCUUUCUGAAGUAGUGGCCUUUGAAUUUUUCUUUCCUCCUUCAGCCAAUAUUUUGUGCUUCAGAUUAUUUUUAUCUUUUGGGGACUUCCCUUCAACACAACUUCAGUCUUGUCAUUGGAAGGAAAGAGAGUAUGCAGCUGUCCCAAUCAUAUAUCAUGGCAUCUACCCAAAUAGUUAAUAUGGAAAUGUGAUUCCUACUAUUGUGACUUAUUUGUCUUUAAAUCCAAACAAAUGACUGUAUUUGGUAGUAAUAGACAACCCAAGCUGUGUCUUAAGUCCUUGAAAAUCACUCUUUCUUUGAAUUCUAGCAGAGGCUCUUAGGAAUUCACAAUUGCAGGAUUUAUCUUCUGAAGUAUGAAUUUGUAAAAAAAAAAAUGGAUUCAUUGUCUGAGGGAUUUUUAGACAUGCAAAAUACUCAAAACUGUAUGUACUUUGUUUAAUGAUCAUUGCAUUAAAUUUACACAGAAAAAAUUAGGUACCCGAGUUUUUCUUCAGCAUUUAUUUAAGCAUUAAUUCCAAAAGUGACUCAUUAAAUUUUCUGAAAAAUUUUAAGCUAUGAGUACAAACUUAGUAUGAAUGAGUCUUUUGAAAUCUUUAAACACCUCAAACAUCUGAUAAAAGACAUACAUAAGCAGUGAUUUAUAAUUUUUAUCGCACAUUCUCUUAAACAUAUUCUAAAACAUCAAGACUAUGGUUUUGAACAUUUCUUUAUUAUUUCUGUGUUAAUAACCUCAUACUUAGUAUGAGUCUUAGUGUAGUAUAUUCCUAACCUUUCGAUAUUAAUACUUUCCUGGGUUUUAGUAUUUUUACUAGAACUUAAGGGAAAAGGAAAGAAUUUGGGUUAUUGACUAGUUGAUUCUUGGACUGGACUGGUUCUGAUUGUGUAGACUAGGGUAAUUCAGUUAAACCUGAGCCACAGUGUGGGGCUGACUGUUUUGUUUUGCUUUAUUGUAAACUUUUUAAAUACCUUUAUUAAAAAUUUUUGUCUUUGAAA